AUGGCUAACAAAACGUACAAGCUCAACACGGGGCAGGAUAUUCCCGCUCUCGGGCUGGGCACAUGGCAAUCCGAGCCGGGCAAGGUCCGGGAAGCGGUCGCGUUCGCGCUCAAGUCGGGCUACAAGCUGAUUGACUGCGCGUACUGCUACGCUAAUGAGGAAGAGGUUGGCCAGGGCCUGGCCGAGGCCUUUGCCGCGGGCGUCAAGCGCGAGGACAUUUUCGUCGUGAGCAAGGUCUGGACAACGUACAAUACUCGGGUCGAGCUGGGGCUGGACAAGAGCCUGAAGAGUCUGGGGUUGGACUAUGUCGACUUGUUUCUGGUGCACUGGCCGUUGUUGAUGAAUCCUGAAGGGAACGACGACCGCUUCCCCAAACUCCCCAAUGGCGAGCGUGACAUCAUCCGCAGCCACAACCACGUCGACACUUGGAAGCAAAUGGAGCAGCUGCUCAAGACGGGCAAAACCAGGGCCAUUGGCGUUUCCAACUACAGCAAGCGCUACCUGGAACAACUCCUCCCCCACGCCACCGUCGUUCCCGCCGUCAACCAGAUCGAGAACCACCCGGCGCUCCCGCAGCAAGAGAUUGUCGACCUUUGCAAGGAAAAGGGCAUCCACAUCAUGGCCUACAGCCCGCUAGGCAGCACGGGCGGCCCGCUCUUCAGCGCCGAGCCCGUCGUCAAGAUCGCCGAGAAGCACGGCGUCAAGCCUGCUACUGUUUUGUUGAGUUAUCAUUUCCCCCGAGGCAGCACCGUCCUCGCUAAGUCGGUCACGCCCGAGCGGAUUAAGGAGAACAUGAAUGUGAUUGAUCUUGAUGAGGAGGACGUCAAGUUGCUGAAGGAUUACUCCGACAAGCUCACGAGUGAAGGCAAACUGCAGCGGUUUGUAUACCCGCCGUUUGGAAUUGACUUUGGGUUCCCGGAUAAGUCUUAG